AAUUUACCAAGAAGGAGAGUGAUGGAGUGCUGCAUUAGAUGACCUGGCCUCCACAAUCCCCCGACCUCAACCAAAUUGAGAUGGUUUGGGAUGAGUCGGACCGAAGAGUGAAGGAAAAGCAGCCAACAAGUGCUCAGCAUAUGUGGGAACUCCUUCAAGACUGUUGGAAAAGUAUUCCAGGUGAAGCUGGUUGAGAGAAUGCUGAGAGUGUGCAAAGCUGUCAUCAAGGCAAAGGGUGGCUAUUUGAAGAAUCUCAAAUCUCAAAUAUAUUUUGAUUUGUUUAACACUUUUUGGGUUACUACAUGAUUCCAUAUGUGUUAUUUCAUAGUUUAGAUGUCUUCACUAUUAUUCUACAAUGUAGAAAAUAGUAAAAAUAAAGAAAAACCCUUGAAUGAGUAGGUGUUCUAAAACUUUUGACCAGUAGUGUACAUCGUCAUAAUCACCAUGACGCAGUCCAUAAUCCUACUAUACCUGCAUGUUCAGGGAUCCCAUCAUGAUACUGAUGUUUGUUUAUCAGUCAAGAACAGUCACUUUCAUAGUUUUUAACUCCAUGUGAUCGGAUCUGGAUCUGUUGUUUUAACAUUCAACUAUUUUAACUUUGAAGAUGUAACUUUUAAUGUGUUCUGGCCGUAAUAGCCAUGUGCUCUUAAAUCUCCACUGGACACAGCCAGAAGAAGACUGGCCACACCUCAGAGCCUGGUUCCUCUCUAGGUUUCUUCCUAGGUUCCUGCCUUCUAGGGAGUUUUUCCUAACCACUGUGCUUCUGCAUCUGCAUUGCUUGUUCUUUGGGGUUUUAGGCUGGGUUUCUGUAAAACUGCUGAUGUACAAACGGCUUUAUAAAAUAUGUUUGAUUGAUUGAUUCUCCUUCCCUGCCAGGUAUCCUGGAGUUCUUCCACCACCAGCUGAAGGACAUUAUAGAGUACGCUGAGCUGAAGACUGAUGUCUUCCAGAGUCUCAGGGAGGUGGGGAACGCCAUCCUCUUCUGUCUGCUCAUCGAACAAGCUCUGGUGGGUCCCUCCUUCUCUUCUCCUCUUUCACUUCUAUUCCUUCCUCCUCUGUUCUGUCCUUUCCUCCUUCCCCCAUCCUCUUCUGUCUGCUCAUCGAACAAGCUCUGGUGGGUCCCUCCUUCUCUUUCAACUAUAUCCUUUUCUCUCCUGUUCUGUCCUCCCCUCCUUCCCCCAUCCUCUUCUGCUUUACCUGUAUCCCUUCUUUUCUCUUUCUCCUUUCGUCUUCCCUUCUCUACUCUCCCCCUCUCCUACUCUCCAUCACCUCUCUCCUCUCUUCCUCCCAUUCCCGCUUUCUCUUCCUCUCUCUCUCUCUCUCUCUCUCUCUCUCUCUCUCUCUCUCUCUCUCUCUCUCUCUCUCUCUCUCUCUCUCUCUCUCUCUCAGGGUCACCUUUGCAUUCUCAGAAAGAGGGACUGCUACUUGUCAAGCGAUUUGUCCUCCUUUGGCUUUCUGUCUGUUUUAAUAUAUCUGUCUCAAUAAAGUUUCACCUUCCAGAAAUGUUGAUAUUGACUGUAUCUGAAUUGCAACUCUAUUCUUUAUUACACGCUGGCAAACUACCACAGGUGGUAAGAAUCUAGGUCUUGUCUUUGGUAACAAACACACAACCUGACUGAUCUCUCCAUCUCUCUCUCUCUCUCUCUCUCUCUCUCUCUCUCUCUGUUUGGGCUGUCACACACCCUGACUGAUCUCUCCAUCUCUCUCUCUCUCUCUGUUUGUUUGGGCUGCCGUGUUUCUCUGUUUUUCUAUUCAAUAUCUUACUUUGACACCCAAAGUUUUACCUCCGGAGGACAAUGAAAGCCAAGGAUUGAGACUAAAAAAUGUUUUAAGAAAAUAAAGAACAUCCAAGAUUACAAUCAUUAUUCUAUAAUUGGAAAUACCAUAAUUGGAAAUAAAUGGAUAAUAAAAAGGGACUAUCGUAAAAUAUCUCUCCAUGUCCUUGGCUCCCAUGGAAGAGGUGACCUGUGUGUUUCUGGGUGGCUGUCUGUAAAGUAUGUGCUCAACUUCUGCCUCCAUACUCUCUGCCAACACUGGGUUCUCUCUCAAUGCCUGACUGUCACUCUUUACACCCUCAUACCGUCUGGUCUGUCUGUCUCACUCUCUGCCUCGGUGUGUGUAUAGUGUGUGUUUGUACUGGCUGAUCAUUGCGUGCAUAUCAUUCUGUCUUCCAUAGUGUUUUAGGCGAGGUUUCCUGAUCUGGAUCUCUUGUCGUUUGCUGGUUUUCUUUGUUCUAUUUGUUCUAACACCACUCAUUUAACCAUGAGUUUAGUUCCAGACUUAUUCCAGUCAUUUCUAGUGGUUAGCCAGACCUGAGUGACAGUAGCCUGUAGUGUGACUGGGGGGGGUGUGACCAGAGGUUAGGUCAGACCCAUGACACGUCAGACCAGUGUCCUCCUGUACUUAGUGGCGCAUCCUCCUGUACUUAGUGGCGUGUCCUCCUGUACUUAGUGGCGCGUCCUCCUGUACUUAGUGGCGCGUCCUCCUGUACUUAGUGGCACAGCCUCCUGUACUUAGUGGCAGAUCCUCCUGUACUUAGUGGCACAGCCUCCUGUACUUAGUGGCACAGCCUCCUGUACUUAGUGGCACAGCCUCCUGUACUUAGUGGCACAGCCUCCUGUACUUAGUGGCAGAUCCUCCUGUACUUAGUGGCAGAUCCUCCUGUACUUAGUGGCAGAUCCCCCUGUACUUAGUGGCAGAUCCCCCUGUACUUAGUGGCAGAUCCCCCUUUACUUAGUGGCACAGCCUCCUGUACUUAGUGGCAGAUCCUCCUGAACUUAGUGGCACAUCCUCCUGUACUUAGUGGCACAUCCUUCGGUACAUAGUGGCACAUCCUCCUGUACUUAGUGGCACAUCCCCCUGUACUUAGUGGCACAUCCUCCUGUACUUAGUGGCACAGCCUCCGUCACCACUAACCACCCCAUGUAGUGUAGAUGUGUACAGGAGAGAUUAUGGCUGUUGUUCAAUAUCACCUCUCUCUCCUUCUGUCUGUUUGUGUGUGUGAACCACAGUCCCAGGAGGAGGUGUGUGACCUGCUUCAUGCAGCCCCCUUCCAGAACAUCCUCCCUAGGGUCUACAUCAAAGGUAUGUGAUCCAGGUCCAGGUGUGUGGAUCCAGAUGGAGAUCAAGGUGGAUGGGUGGAAUAAGGCAGUCAAUAUUGUAAUGCAUAUCUGACUGAUGUGGUUGGUGUAGUAACGUGUGUGUGUGUGUGUGUGUGUGUGUGUGUAGAGGGGGAGCGUCUGGAAGUCAGGAUGAAGAGGCUGGAGGCUAAAUAUGCUCCUCUCCACCUGGUGCCCCUCAUCGAGAGGCUGGGGACCCCUCAGGUGAGCUCUACCUGCUUGUAAUCAUCAUCAUCCAAACCUUAUCACCUGGCUCUCUGUCCUGACCCACAGCCAUUAGACCGUUUCGGCAAUCUUGGUUUAAAAUGUAGAAUUUGAAAGGGCAGCCAUAUUGGCACCAAAGUUCCAAAACAAUUAAACUUUCCCUAUUUUAUCUGCUCUCCUACUCCAUGGUGUCGGUUGGUAUGGGUUUGUGCUGGUAGAGGGAGGGCGGGAGGGGAGAGGGUGAGGAGGGUGGGGGAGGGAGGGAUGGGAGGAGGUGAUGGGCGUUGGAGGGACGGGAGGGAGUGAGGGAGGGGAGGAUGAUGGAGGUUGAGUGAGGGAGGGUUUGGGGUGGAGGUAUGAGUGAUGUGGAUUUUGAGGGAGUAUUUUACGUUAUUGUAUUUGUUGUUUUUCUUUCUUUCUUUCUUCUUCUUUCUUCUUGCUCUUGUCUUUUUCUUUCUUUCUUUCUUCUUCUAUGUGUCCGUUCCUCCUCUUUUUCAGCAAAUAGCCAUAGCCCGUGAGGGGGAUCUCUUGACCAAGGAGCGUCUUUGCUGUGGCCUGUCCAUGUUCGAGGUGAUCCUCACAAGGAUCCGUAGUUUCCUGCAGGACGCCGUGUGGCGAGGCCCGCCCCCCACCAACGGCGUGAUGCACGUUGAUGAGUGUAUGGAGUUCCACCGCCUCUGGAGCGCCAUGCAAUUUGUUUACUGCAUCCCCGUCGGCACUCACGAGUUCACCGCAGAGUGAGUUACUGUAGGGGGCAUGGCAGCGUACUCACACAGUAAGGAGUGAGUUACUGUAGGGGGCAUGGCAGCAUACUCACACAGUAAGGAGUGAGUUACUGUAGGGGGCAAUGGCAGCAUUACUCACACAGUAAGGAGGGAGUACUGUAGGGGGCAUGGCAGCAUACUCACACAGUAAGGAGGGAGUUACUGUAGGGGGCAUGGCAGCAUACUCACACAGUAAGGAGGGAGUUACUGUAGGGGGCAUGGCAGCAUACUCACACAGUAAGGAGUGAGUUACUGUAGGGGGCAUGGCAGCAUACUCACACAGUAAGGAGGGAGUUACUGUAGGGGGCAUGGCAGCAUACUCACACAGUAAGGAGGGAGUUACUGUAGUCCUCUCAGGGCACCAAAGAGUAUAGUGCAGAUAUACAUUUAGUAGAUAAACCAAUCACUAUUCAAUCAAUCAAGCUUGAUUUAUAAAGUGUUUUCUACAAAUACAAAGUACUUACUAAGUAUAAAGUUAGUAACCGUAACCCGUCCCUGUGCGUGUCCUCUGCAGGCAGUGUUUUGGUGACGGGCUGAACUGGGCAGGCUGUUCCAUCAUCGUGCUGUUGGGUCAGCAGCGCCGCUUCGACCUGUUUGACUUCUGCUACCACCUGCUCAAGGUGCAGAGGCAGGACGGCAAGGACGAGAUCAUCAAGAACGUGGUGGGUACACACCGUCGCUAUGCUCAGAUCUACACAGUUUUAACCAGCAUGCUAACACAGAAGUAAGAUGACAGAAGGGAUUAAGGGAUAUGUCAACUGCCGUGCGAUUUUAUUUAUUUGUUAUAUGAGGAGAGGAAGCUCACCAUCUUUAUGGUGGCAAGUCCUUGGCAGCUACAAUCCAGGUCUGUGGUUUAAUUCUAUCAUUGGAUUCAAACCCUCUCUCUCACUCUCUGUCGGUCUGUCUCUCUCUCUGUCUCUCUCUCUAUAUCUCUCUCUCUGUCUCUCUUUCUCUCUCUGUCUCUCUCUGUCUCUCUACAGCCCCUGAAGAAGAUGGCUGAUCGCAUCAGGAAGUACCAGAUCCUGAACAACGAGAUCUUUGCCAUCCUCAACAAGUACAUGAAAGCUGUGGAGAGCGAUAGUUCCACCGUGGAGCAUGUCCGCUGCUUCCAGCCACCUAUACACCAGUCCCUGGCCACAACAUGCUGA